UCUACCUUUUGCCUAUCUAUCUUUUAAGACAAAGCAGAGAAAAUAACAGGACACUGGUCAUUGUCUCGGACGGUAACGGGUUCCCAAAACUAAAAAAAUAAAAAAACCGGCUCUUAUUUCAACAACUGAAAAGAUUGAACCAGGGGUGACAGCUGAUCAUAAACAAGCAUAAUACUAAUGAUACACGCAUGCAGGCUUAAACUUUAAGCAUUUGUUAAUUCUCAUUUUCUCAGAUCUUGUUCCCUCUUCAAACCCUAGCUCGAUCUGCUGAUCGCUAAUAUAUCUGGUAGAGAAUUGAGUGAAUUUUGGCAAAAUGCAGCGGGUUCCAGUGACAAUUGAGGAACAGCUUAUUUUGAAGGCGAUAAAAGAGGAAUGUCCGUGGGAGAAUCUACCGAAAAGGCUUCAAGCAACUCUUACUUCCAAAGAAGAGUGGCACAGAAGGAUAGUUGAACAUUGUAUAAAGAAAAGACUUCAAUGGAACACCUGUUUUGCUCGGAAAGUAUGCAAAGAAGGUGAAUAUUAUGAAGACAUGAUGCGUUACUUGCGAAAGAAUCUGGCGCUGUUCCCAUAUCACCUUGCAGAGUAUGUUUGCCGUGUGAUGAGGGUAUCACCUUUCAGAUAUUACUGUGAUAUGAUAUUUGAGGUCAUGAAGAAUGAGCAACCAUAUGAUAGCAUCCCAAAUUUUAGUGCUGCUGAUGCUUUGCGGCUUACAGGAAUUGGGAGAAAUGAAUUUAUUGAUAUCAUGAACAAGUGCAGAUCUAAGAAAAUCAUGUGGAAGCUGAACAAAUCAAUUGCCAAAGAACUUCUACCUACACAGCCCGUCGACUUUGCAAUUGAGCCAUGGUGGGGAGUCUGUCUUGUCAACUUUACCCUAGAAGAAUUUAAGAAACUCUCAGAAGAAGAAAUGGCAACAAUAGAUAAAGUUUGCAAGGAGGAAGCAAAUGCAUUUAUCCUAUUUGAUCCCGAGAUUGUGAAAGGUUUAUAUCGACGGGGACUAAUCUAUUUUGAUGUGCCUGUCUACACUGAUGACCGCUUCAAAGUUUCCAGGCUUGAAGGGUUUGUUUCAAAUAGGGAUCAGUCUUAUGAAGAUCCUAUCGAGGAGUUACUCUAUGCAGUUUUUGUUGUUUCUAGCGAGAAUGCUACUGUUGCUGAGCUGGCAACAACAUUGCAGGCCGACCUUUCUCAACUGCAGGCUGCUGCAUCCUUUGCUUGCCGACUGGGAUGGGCAGAGAAAUUGAUUGAUCCAGGAUCUAUUCUUCAAGAUACAAGCAUACCUGGCUCUCUCAGUGAUGAAGAAGAUGGCGCCCGUGCUAGUAUAAGCUCAGCAAAUAUGUUCAUUGAUGGUGAUACUACUCAACAAGGAGAUACUUCUGGAAUAGAAAACUAUGGGCCACGUUCUAGCCAUACUCGUGUUGCUUUUAUUGUUGAUGCUAAUAUAACAUCCUAUCUUAUGAUGGGAUCUGUUUCACCAGGCUUGAAAUCUCAUGCUGUAACGUUAUAUGAGGCAGGGAAAUUAGGUCAUGCUAGCAUUGCAGAUCUUUGCAAGGAUCUGAGUACAUUAGAGGGUGCAAAAUUUGAGGGAGAAUUGCAAGAAUUUGCAAAUCAUGCCUUUAGCCUCCGUUGUAUCCUGGAAUGCCUCCUAUCAGGUGGAAUUGCUACCGAUGCACAAGUGGAAGAAAUUUGCAAUACGAUGGGCACAUUAUCGUCAAGCAACGAUGACACUGUUUCUUUGGUAGCUGGAAUCUCAUCGACUGAUAAAUCUGAAAAUUCUGGUGCCUAUGAAGACAUUGAUUAUUCCAUGAAUUCAGGGAUGUCUCAGGAUGAUUCUAAUCUGGCUGAACCUGUUUCUGGAACUACUGGUGAUGAAACAUCUGCUGUUUUAACUGAAGACAGUAAUUCCUUAAGGGAGGUUUCUAAGUCGGAUCAAGGUAUCCUGAUUGAUGAGAAACUCGUUCCUGUUGAAGGGCCUGAUGGUGGAAGAGGAACUUUGAGAAGGAAAAGGAAAUAUCGUGUGGAUAUUCUCCGUUGUGAAAGCUUGGCUGCUCUAGCCCCAGCAACUUUAGAUAGGCUAUUUCUUCGUGAUUAUGAUAUUGCUGUGUCUAUAAUUCCUCUUCCUCAUUCUGCAGUUCUUCCUGGACCAAAGGGUCCCAUCCAUUUUGGUCCUCCUUGUCAUUCUUCCUUGACACCAUGGAUGAAAUUGGUGUUAUACUCAACUGUGGGCAGUGGGCCUUUGUCUGUUGUUCUGAUGAAAGGACAAUGUUUGCGCUUGCUUCCUGCACCAUUGGCUGGUUGUGAGAAAGCUCUUAUUUGGUCUUGGGAUGGUUCUACAAUUGGAGGAUUGGGAGGCAAGUUUGAAGGGAAUUUGGUUAAAGGAGGCGUGCUUUUGCAUUGUUUAAAUUCACUUCUUAAGUACUCAGCUGUCCUGGUGCAGCCUCUCAGUAGGUAUGACCUUGAUAAAUCUGGAAGAGUCAUUACUAUGGAUAUACCAUUUCCCCUAAACAACUCUGAUGGCUCAAUUGCUUGCCUGGAGAAUGAACGGGUUCUAUCUGAGAAGGAAAAUCUGAAAUUGAACUCUGUGUUAACUCAGAUGACAAAUAAGUUGGGAUUGUCAACAAUUGGUUAUGUUCGCAUGUUAAAACUUUUUAAUGAGAGAGAAUCAGACCACUUUGCACCUGAUGAUGAGAGAUUUGAGUGGGUACCAUUAAGUGUUGAAUUUGGGAUGCCCCUUUUUAGCCCAAAAUUAUGCAACAAUAUAUGUAGAAGAGUUGUAUCAUCAGAAUUGCUUCAAUCAGACUCUUUUUCUGGGCAUCAUGAGGCAAUGCAAGGCCUAAGAAAAAGGUUGCGCGAUAUCUGUGCAGAAUAUCAGUCGACAGGUCCUGCUGCCAAACUUCUUUACCAGAAAGAGCGAUCAAAGGACUCAUCUCGGCAGCUUAUGAACUAUGCCAGCGGAAGAUGGAAUCCCCUUGUAGACCCUUCUUCUCCCAUUUCAGGAGCCUUGAGCGAGCAUCAAAGAUUAAAACUUGCUAUCCGACAGCGUUGCCGGACUGAAGUUCUGAGUUUUGAUGGCAGCAUUCUAAGAUCAUAUGCUUUAACUCCAGUAUAUGAGGCUGCCACCAGGCCUAUUGAAGAAACCCCACUGCCAAAUACUGUAAAAUUGGAUCCUGAUGAAGCUGAUAGUAAAGAAGUGAUUCUUCCAGGUGUCAACCUUAUUUUUGAUGGUGCUGAACUGCACCCAUUUGAUAUAGGUGCUUGCUUACAGGCUCGGCAACCAAUUUCCUUGAUUGCAGAGGCUGCUGCAGUGUCAGCUUCUGCUGCAAUUAAAUAGAGCUCUCUUGGCAAUAUAAUUUCUUGGCUGAGGUAGAUAGAAGAAUAUGUUCAUAAAAUGGAGUUGUCAAAUGUUGGAUUCCUCGAUUGCUUGGUUCAUCUAUUGCGUCGUUGAUAUUGUUGAUAUGCAGACACUCGGGCUUAUAUAUAAGGUAUGUUAUUGAAGGCUUUGGCUGAACCUUUAAUGGUUAGCAUGUGCGGCAAAAAGAGAAUGAUGAUUUGCCAAAAGAGAAUGUGUAGCAAAAAGAGCAUGUGCUGCAGAAGCAUCUCCAUUAAGUGCUUGAAAGAUGGGAGGCCCUGAUGUUUGUUCCUAACCAAUAACAGGGAGAUCCUAUUUUGCUGCAUAUAUAGAGGGAAAAUGCACCAUGCUUGAUUUUCCUCAAUGUCUAAAUGCGAAUCUCUUUUCUACCUGCACACAUAGAUUUUGCUUUGGUUAUUUCUAUUAGCACACACAUGUAGAGUGGAGAACUUUUGGCAUGAAGUGGUGAAAAGUUUUACCAAUCACAUUAAAGAAUUUAAGUGCAUGUAUGUCCCUGAUUGCAAUUUUGUUCAUGAAAUUACAAGCCAAGCUCACGUCCUUCCAUUUGGUUUAA